UCUGCAGCGCGGCGGGUGCCGGGGCCGGAGAUGGCGGCGGCGCAGAGGGUGGUGGCGGAGCUGAGGGAGGCGUGCGCGACGCCGGCGACGCGGCUAGCGGAGGUGGCGGCGGCGAUGGCCGGCGAGAUGGAGGGCGGGCUGGCGGUGGAGGGCGGCGGCACGAUGAAGAUGAUCGUCUCGUACGUCGAUAGCCUCCCCAACGGGGGCGAGGAGGGGUUGUUCUACGCGCUCGACCUCGGCGGCACAAACUUCCGCGUCCUCCGCGUGCGGCUCGCCGGCGGCGAGAAGGAGCGGGUCGCCGAGCGCGUGGUGAGGCGGGGGGUCAUGAUCCCACCUGGCCUCAUGUCCGGCGACGGCGCCACCUCGGAGCGGCUCUUCGGCUUCAUCGCGUCCGCGCUAGCGGAGUUCGUCGCCGAGGAAGAAGGUGGCCUCGGCAGCGGCGCCGGCGGCGGCUGCAGGAGGGAGCUGGGGUUCACCUUCUCCUUCCCCGUGCACCAGACGUCCAUCGCGUCGGGGACGCUCAUCCGGUGGACGAAGGCGUUCGCCGUCGACGACGCCGUCGGCGAGGACGUCGUGGCGGCGCUGCAGGUGGCCAUGUCGAGGCGGGGCCUCGACAUGCGCGUGGCCGCGCUCAUCAACGACACCGUCGGGACGCUCGCCGCGGGCAGCUACUACGACGAGGACGUCGUCGCUGCCGUCAUCCUCGGCACCGGCACCAACGCCGCCUACGUCGAGGACGCCGCCGCGAUCGCCAAGCUACCCACCGGGCCAUCAAGCACCAUGGUGAUCAACACCGAGUGGGGCAGCUUCGCCGCGCCGUGCCUUCCACUGACGGAGUUCGACGAGGCGCUCGACGCGGAGAGCCUCAACCCCGGCGAGCAAACCUUCGAGAAGCUCAUCUCCGGGAUGUACCUCGGCGAGAUCGUCAGGAGGGUCCUCCUCAAGAUCUCCUCCCGUUGCUCCUCCCUCCUCGGCGGCGACGGCGAGCUCGCCACACCGUUCGUCCUCACGACGCCCGACGUCUCCGCGAUGCACCACGACGAGACGCCCGACCUGAGCGUCGUCGGCGAGACGCUGUCGCACAGGGUGGGCAUCAGCGGCACGUCGCUGGAGACGAGGAGGGUGGUCGUCGAGGUCUGCGACGUGGUCGCCACGAGGGCCGCCCGGCUGGCCGCGGCGGGGAUCGUCGGGAUCCUGAGGAAGGUCGGGAGGUGCGUCGUGCCCGGCGACGGCCGGAGGUCGGUCGUCGCCGUCGACGGCGGGCUGUUCGAGCACUACGGCAAGUUCCGGCGGUGCAUGGAGAGCGCGGUGAGGGAGCUGGUCGGCGAGGAGGCGGCGGAGAGGGUGUUCGUCAAGCUCGCCAGCGACGGGUCCGGGCUCGGCGCCGCCCUGGUCGCAGCGGCUCACUCGCAGUCGCGGACCCUCAACUGAUGCGACCAGUGCAGUUUCCAGUGUAAUUUGAUAUGGUCUAAUUUAGAACUCAAGUGAAAAUUGUGUGAACUUCAAACAAAGCUUGAAUGAUCUGGUUUCAAUUUGCAAGAAUAAAUUUGAA